AUGUGUAAACGACAAUUUGUGAUCGAUAACGACGGUGAUAAUUUUUUAAAUAUUAAUACAUGUGCUGUAACUGGCGCCAUUUCAAUCGGGUGUGGUUAUUCUCAGUUACAAGAAUUUUCAUCCGCCAUGAAUUUACCAAUAAUGUCUCAAAAAACUUACCAAAAGAACCACAAAUUGUUGUCUGAGAACUGGCAGCAACUUGCACAACAGUCCAUGGACCAAGCAGCUGAAGAAGAGAGGAAUAUGGCUAUAGCAGAAGGCAGAGUCACUAAAAAUAGCACGCCAAUCAUAGAUGUGAUAGCAGACGGUGUGUAUGGUAAAAGGUCAUACAAAAAAAUUAUUCGGCUUUAUCCGGUGCUGCCGCAAUUAUAG